UUUUGUGGUUUUCAUUUUCGCGAGCUAACCGCGAAAAUUUGAAGCUGUGUGUGUGCUCGCGCUCGAACUCGCGCCUUAGUAGUUACGUCGUUUUUUUUCGGUUGUUGUUUAUUACUAUCGCUGAGGGGCGAUUUUACACGAUUGAUGUGUGACAGAAAUCAAACGAUAAACAAUCAAGUGAAGUUCCUAAAGUGCCUUUAAAGAAUACUAGAAACCAGUGCCUUAGAAUCUACCUCACCUUCCUAGAGUGCCCUCAAACGAUGGUCGGUUCCGGUCGGCCCGAUGAAUUGGCACCGACUUAGCGACAAGCUUUCGCCACUCAAAAUGAUGACCUCGGUCACGAGCAAGAAGGUCGACUAUCUGGCCUCGUCCACGCCGACCUCGACGGCCACUCCGGCCUCGACGAGUCAGCCGGACAGUCUGGACCUGGACUACGACAUGUGGCAGGGCCAGUUCGAGUUCGUCGGACCUACGGUAGUCGAUCCUUCCGGGCCCAUGAGGGUCCAGGAUUCCAACCUCAUCUCAUCGCACACCGCUUCAUCUAGUCUGGAAGAUCUGCGGCUGAAGGAUUACAUCCCUCCCGAUCAGCCGGUGCUGAUCGACGAGGAAACCUUCCUCAGCCUGCAUCCGAACGAUUUUCCAUCCUCCGGGCCUCAUUCCGGGCUCUUUCUGGACGAGUACAACAUCGGAGAAACGCAACAACAACAGCCGUUGAACAAUAACAACAACAACAGUCUGAUCACAAACAUCAACAACAACAAUAAUAUACUCAACAACAAGUUGCUGAACAACAAAACCAACAACUUGAUAAGCUGCUCGGUCAUUAUCGAGGAGAAGAAUGCCAAAAACAAUCUGAUCAACAACAACCUUAAGUUGAUCGGAGACAAUCCGGAGCUGGGCGGAAACAAAUUCAUUCUGAAGUCCAAUCACGCGACCAAUCACAACAACAAGAUGGGCGGUCUCAUCAAGACGGAUCUGUGUGAUAAUUUGAACGAACAGCUGGAGAUUCUGCAGCGGCAAGUGACGAACCUGGCCGAUACGCAGAACAAUGUCGAGGACCGGACCAGUCGGACCAAGGCGGAAUAUGCGGUGCUGCAGGCCCGAUACCACAUGCUGGAAGAACAGCUGAGGGAGACGGAACUGCGAGCGGAGGAGCGACUGGCAGAGGAACAGAAACGGCACCGGGAGCUGUUGGCACGGGUUGAGCGGGAAGCCAAGUUGCAGAACGAGAACUGCCAAAUCCGGAUACGAACCAUCGAACUGGAGGCGAAUCAGCUGCGGGAAGAGGUGGCUCGGUUGAGGCUGCAGGCUGACAAACAGGCUGCCGAUCUGCACUCGACGGAGGAGAAGCUGGAACGGACCCGGGAUGGACUGAUGGUGGCCCAACAGGAGCUGGUCGAAGCCAAGGCCGAGGAGAAGAAACACAAAGCCGACAAACAGGCAGCCGAGGACCUGAUGGUGGAACUCGGCAAGGAAUGCGAACGGCUACGAUCGGAACGUGGACCCGCCCUACCCACAACAUCGCCCGAAUCGCUUCGGCUCGAGGAGCUGCACCAAGAGAUGGACGAACUGCGGCAGAAGAACAAACAACUCGAAGAAGCCAACGAGGAACUGCAAGCCAUGGUGCUGACCAAGGGCGUCGAGGAGGGUCGAAAUCUCCUAAAUGGCACCACCAACAGCUUGGCCCAGGAGCUGGAAGCCAUGAGCCAGAAUCAGGAUACCGUUGAUUCGUCCACCUUAGAGUCAUUAACUCAGCUUCAAGUCGCAUUCCAGGACAAGGAAGAGGAAAACCGUCGGCUGAAGCACUACAUCGAAACGAUUCUGCUGCAGGUGGUCGAACACUAUCCGCAGCUGUUGGAGGUGAAGGCGGCCUAAGGAUGUGACUUUUUCGAAAGAAAAAGUGCCCCCCGAAACAACACCACAAAACAAAAACAACAACAAACAGCAACACAUUAUCACUAGCACCUAGUACUACUAUUAAUAAUACUUGUUAAUACUAUCACUACUUAUACUACUACUACUACUAUUGAAUUUUUAGUAUAGAUAGUUGUCUUUUGAGAAAAGAAAAGUUAGGCAAGUGAGGAUUUAUAACAAAACAAGAUGAUCAGUACUUUGAAACGCGUUCAGAAUUAGAACGUCGCUUGUGUGAUAUUGCAUGAAAAGUUUACUGUUUCCGAUUGGUUUUUUUUAAAAUGAUUUGCUCACGUGUUUGAUAACUGUCCUUCUAGGAUUUCGAAAUUGAAAAAACUGUUCGAGUUCAACAAGUUAUCAGUAUCGCGUUGAUAACAUACGUCCAAAGACAAGCACAAGUGUAGAGAGUUAUAAUUUUUCCGUUUGCAUAUUUAUGUAAUUCGUGCUUCUGUCUGAGGUACGUUCGAGAGAUUUAGAAGAAAACAAAAGAAAGGAAACGCAUCUUACAAGCAAUACAUAUAUUUUAUAUCUUUAAUAGAGUUUAAAAGUAACACACUACAGACACAAACACAGAUACGAACUCUAGUGAGAAGACUAUUUUGCGUUUAGCGUGUAAGCUAAAGAGAAUAUCUUUUAUAUAUGUGUAUUUUAUAUAAAAAAAAAGGAAAUUAUAUCUUUUUCGACUUCUGGGAAACCAAAUUAUUUAAUGUUUGCAUGAAAAGAGAUGGUUUUAUCGAUGGAAAAUUCAAAAAUUGGUGUCAAGGUAUACGAGAAGGUUUUAUUCGAAUGAAAAAGUAAAAAAAAAAUCGUUACAACAAUCAUCCAAACUAUUAGCAUGCUCAAUCUUAUUGAAUUGCAAAUUUUAAGCAAUUGACAAAAAACCGCCUUUUUAAAAUCGGUAAUCCGUUUCGCCUUUAGAUAUGUGACUAAUAAAAACAUCUCGAAAUGCUUAAAAUUUUGUAAACUGUUGGGUGCUUUAAGAAAACCUUAUUUUCCAAAACGUUGCCGUCUCUUUUUUGCAUUCAAGAAGAAAAAAUGUACUAAAACCACCCCUAUAUUGUAAAUAUUCUGAUCCCUUGAGUAAUAUAUCCCCCUCUUUUUGUAGUUAACUAAGAAAGUCUAACCCGAACUGAAAUUUGUAGUUGAAAAAAAAGAGCAGAGUAACAUGCUAUGUGAUGUUCUCAAAAGAAAUGAAAACUGAAUUUACACAAGCUCACAAAACAUACAGAAACACAAAGCAGAGAGUUUGUAGAAAACAAAAUUGUUGAACAACUCCAAUCGGAAUUUGAUGCAUUAUUCAUACUCGGUAACCAAGUUGUAUUUACCAACAAUCCUUAUACACACAUAGUAGACAAACAAAAACAACAAAUUAACAUGAAUAGAAUCAAAACAACACAAACAAUAGAACUGAAGGAUGGCUCGAAAGUGAAAAUCCCUCCUAUGAGAAGAGAACGUAUUACAAAUGAAACAAUUUUAAAUUGGAUGCCAAAAUAGCGCUCUACUUUACUUAUUGAAGAGGUAAACAAAUGAAAAAUGUUACUGUAUUAGUGAAUAUAUUGAAGAAAAAAAAGAAGGAGAAGAAAAGUUGGUAGCAAAAUCCCCGAUGAGAUGAAUAAAUAUUAACUGAAAAC